AUGUCUUCAAUUUCCGAGCUCCAAGCAGAGCGGCAAACAUAUCAGGAACAGUUGGAUCUUGUUUUUGCCCAAAUCCGCGAUGACCCCGAUAAUGCUGAGCUCAAAGCGCUUCAAGGAGAGCUGAAGAACUUUGUUGAUCUCCUCGACGAAAACAUUGCCGAUCUGAAGUCGAAGCAGGCGCCCAAACCCGAUCCAAAACCAGCCGCGCCUUCUCCAGAGCCGGCCAAGUGGUCAAAAGAGAACCAUCCUGCUUUCAAAAAGGCUGCACCACCGGUUGAGGAAAAGGAGGAGGUGACUGUGCAGUACCAGGUCAAUGAUUCCGUUAUGGCAAAAUGGAUUUCGGGCGAUAAAGGUUUCUAUCCUGCGCGUAUCACUUCCAUCACUGGAUCAUCUACGGAUCCUAUCUACAUCGUGAAAUUCAAGACCUACGACAACACUGAGACGCUCCGGUCAAGAGAUAUCCGCCCUAUUUCCAAUAAACGAAAAGCCGAAGGCCCUGUAUCGGCAUCAAGUACUCCAGUGGCCACUACGCCGGCUCCGGGAGUUGUUAGCUCGGCGGGCGCCACGAUGUACCCGGAGGCGAAGAAAGAGCCAGAGGCAGAAAAAGAUGCUGUUAAACCACCCAAGCCAAAGAAGAUCAAGGCCAAUAAAGAGUUGGAAGCUGGCAAGUCCAAAUGGCAGGAUUUUAACGCCAAGUCAAAGUUUGGUAAAUCUAACAAGAAGGACUCUAUGUUUCGUACACCUGAGGGAAUCCAUGGGAGAGUUGGAUUUACUGGCUCUGGCAAGACAAUGAGCAAGGACCCCACACGUAGUCGUCACAUCUACCAAGUUAAUGAAGAACUCGACUGA